AGUUAUUCUGGUUGUCUAAUGGCGUCUGUUUAAGUUGUGAGUGUCGUAAUAAAAUUUUAGUUUUGAGUGAAAUUUUGUUAUUUUUUGCCGUGUGUGCUUUAGUUUCGAAGUUAAGUUUCCACCCGAAAUGAGCUACCUUCAGGUUGCGGAAGAUGAAGGCGACGAGCCGAUAGAGUUACCAACAGAAGAUGAUAAUACUCUAUUAUUAUCUACUUUAGCAGCCCAGUAUCCUGGAACGUGUGGUCUGCGGUAUCGCAACCCAGAAUCUAAAGCUAUGAGAGGUAUUCGAUUAGCUGAUGGAAGACUUCACCCUCCAGAAAAUGGCUGGGGAAAUUGUGUUUACUACUGUGUCUUUCCGAAAGAAAACAAGAGGAAGUCCGAUGACAAUUUGGAGAACUCCACAGCAAAAACCAAACGAAUAGAAACAAAGUUGAAGUGCUCAGACCUGAUAGUGCUUGGGUUGCCGUACAAAACGACUGAGCAGCAACUCAGAGAGUACUUCGAAGCAUUUGGUGAAGUUAUUAUGGUACAGAUAAAGAAAGACCCAAAAACUGGCCAGUCUAAAGGUUUUGGAUUCAUUCGGUUUGGAAGCUACGAAUCUCAGUUGCGAGUGUUGUCUCAGAGGCACACCAUUGAUGGACGUUGGUGUGAUGUCAAGAUUCCUAACUCAAAGGAAGGACAGAUGACCCAGGUGCCCUGCAAAGUGUUUGUUGGCCGCUGCACCGAGGACAUACAAGCAGACGACUUGCGAGAUUACUUCUCGGCCUUCGGAGAGGUAACGGACGUGUUCAUUCCGAAGCCAUUCAGAGCGUUUGCCUUUGUGACGUUCCUGGAUCCGGAGAUAGCACAGAACCUGUGCGGGGAGGACCACAUCAUCAAGGGGGUUUCCGUUCACGUGAGCAACGCGGCACCCAAGUCGGACCCGAACGGGCGCUUGCAAGGGGGCGGGGUGACGAGCUACCGCGGCUCCAUGGUCCGGGACAACACGAACCUGUCGGGCCCCCACGGCAACAUGCCGUACCAGCAGCAGGGCAGCGGGGGGUGGAACCAGGGCAGUCGGAACAACAUCGACAUGCCCAACCUGCAGGCCCUGGGGAUCACAGGCCAGGGCGGGGGAGGGGACGGCCAGAACCCCCUCAACAUGGGUGCUCCCCUCAACCUAGGGGCGGUGCCCAUGAACACUGCGCUGAUGGCUGCUGCCCUCAACCAGGCGGGCUGGAGCCUGGUGGGGGGGCUGCAGGGCAACCAGGGGCCGGGCCAGGGGUUCGCCAACCAGAGCAAUGCCUCGGGGUACGGGGGGCCCCAGCAAGGGGGUGGCGGCCCCUCCCAGGGGGGACCCAACGCGGCCCAGGGAGGGGGUGGCAUCCUCAACUGGAGCGGUAACCGUGGCAGCGGGAACGGGAACGGGCAGGGCGGGGCCCCCCAGCAGCAGGGCUCGUGGCCCCAGCGAGGGCCCAAGCCUGAGAACUACCUGUCUUAAGCCGCACGGCGUCCCAGACGAGAACAAGCAUGCAUCUAGGAACUACUUUUUGGAACUUCAAACAAAUAUGUGGUUAAACUGGAAAAUUCUUGCAGUCUUGACGAAACCUGUCGAAGGUGAUUGUUAUCUACAGUUUUCGCGUGUCAUUGGUAACUCGAUGCUGUCGGUAGCUUAGUACACAUUUCUUUUUGGGGAAUGGAAAAAUCAUAUAAUUUUUUUAUGAAACUUUAUUGUUUCCGUAUGAGCAUCAGUAAUGCAACUCAUGUAAAUAAUGUCACAUGAGAGAGAGAGUGUGUGUUUUUCACCCUGUUAAGUGUUAAUGCUUCUGUGUGCCCGAGAGAGGAUCAUGAGAGUCUUACGUGCUGUGGAGUGACAAUCUGGGUGUGGCCAGUCUGAGUGGUGUAUGUGUAAUGGUUUCAACACUACCAAACUGAACAAAAUAUUUCACUGCAGGUGCUUUGUGAAUUUAAAAAAAAAAUUGUAAGAGAGAAAUUAUUAUGUACGUUUUCACAUAUUAACAAUUAAUUACAUAUUCUUUUGAAAUUUAAAAAAAAAGUUAAUUUAGAUCCUUUUUAAGUGACACUUUUAAUAGGCAUAAUUUUGUUUUUAUUUUAAAAAUUUUUUAGCUAUUAUCUAUAAUGCAUUACAUUUUAAUAAUUUUUUUAUUAUUUAUCUGACAAUCAUAUUUUACUUCCAGUCUUAAAAUAAAUAAUUUAAUUUUAGAAAAUAGGCCAUAUUAAUUUAAUUUAAUUUUGUUUGUUUCUGUAGUGGAGUGUGUGUGUUAUGUUUGUAGUGUGUAAGCUCAUAAAUUUAGUUUGGUAUUGUUAUAAAGGAAAACAUGAAAAUACUAAAUAGGAAAGAGUUACUCAAUUUUAUUAACUGACAACCUUUUGCUUAAAUUGUCUUACCUGGCUAUGCAUGCCAGAAAUUUCAUGAAACUUAACUUAUUCUCUUAAUUUACAUCACACACACAUAUGCAUGCUUUUUUUUUCCCUUUAAAUCCACAGAAUGCUACUACAGUAGCAAUUUUUAAACUUUUACUCUUUCUUUCAUUCAUCUGUUUUGAUUACAACUCUUAAAAACUUCUUUAAAAAUAUCCGUUCCUAUGGUUAAAAAUGUUAAGGAAUUUUUUUUUCCUCUCAUUAUGAAGGCACUUUUAUUUUGUGGUGGAGAACAAUUUGGUAGUGUGAAACAAGGCGUGAAAUCAUAAAUAAUUUAAAGUUGGAUGUGGGAAUGGGAAUUGUAUAUUUGGCACUUCAAUAUUAUGUUUGGUUUAUUAAUGGAUGUUUGCUGUGUUGGAUAUUUGUUUCAUUUUGUGUGAUUGAUUUAUAAAUUUAAUUUUGGAAAUUGUCACACUAAUAGAUAUUUCGGAGGUAUAACAGUAUAAUAUAAAUUUUUUAUUCACGAAACUGAGGUUUUUGGAAAUUGUUCCACAGAUUUGAUGUCUUGAUCAUUUCUUUUUUUACAUAUAUGGUAAACUGAAUUAUUUUAAUGUGUUUCUAUUAUAUUCACCAUUUUUCACUUCAUGUGAAGUAAAAAAAAAAAAAACAUGUAGUCCCUCUCUUGUAAAAAUGAUGCUGUUUAGACGUAUUUUGAAAAUAUGACAGUGCAUGUUGAGUUUGAGUAUCCUAGAUGCAUGUUGGAGAAAGUUGACAAGAGUGAUCAAAGACACAAAUGUUUGAAAUGAAAUCCAUGCAAUGUGUGUGUUAUUCAGUGUGUUUGUUAGAAGUGUACAGUUCCAGUGUAAACAUAUAGCUCAUAGUUUGAUGAGGUUAUGAUUUCAAAAUAUUGUGACACAGUCUAUACUUAUUAUAAUGUUAUAAUUAUUAUUUGAGCUUGUUGUUAAAUGUGUGUUCUUAACAGGUGUGUGGUUUGAGUUGUUUGGAUUUCAACUGUGUAAGUCUGUAACAUUUGUAGAAUCUAUUGAUGUAGUUCCAUAUUCAAUAUUGAAGAAUGUUAAUAAAUCUGUUAUUAGUACAUGUAUAUCGUUAGAGGUUGGGCUUAGCGAAGACUCCGUUGGUUGAACACGGGUGUGAUUGAACCUGCUGUAUGAUAGACAGAAUGUGUACACUUUGCAUUAUUACAGUAAGAAAUAAAUACACCUCAUUUGAUGUAUGAAAUGUGAAGUAGGGAUGUGUGAGGCAGGAUUCCAUUUAAAGAUUUGUAAUGUAGUUUUGGGCAAAAAAAAUUAUGGCUCAUAAUUCUGAAAUGUUUCUAUAAAAUUGAAGAUGCUAAAAUUUGAUUUCUGAGAGUUGAACCUGAUGUUUUUAAUUUUGAGUAGCAUUUGAUCUUGCCACGCACACCUGCCAGUGUCUGAGAAAGUUGUGUUGUCAUGAACUGAGUAGUUGUAAUUGUGUCUGAGAGUGGUAGCCAGUGGAAGUGUUAACUACGUAUUCUUUAGUUUGUAACGUGUGAAUCAUUACAAAUGUAUACGUGUGCUUGGAAAAUGGAAGUGAAAUAAAAAACACAUACGUACA